CCUUAUUUUAUUGUUCUUCUCUUUACCUUUACCCAGGUUGCCAUUAAGUCCAUCAGAAAGGAAAAGAUCCAGGAUGAGCAGGACCUAGUGCACAUUCGCAGAGAGAUUGAGAUCAUGUCCGCACUCAAUCACCCCUACAUCAUCACCAUAUAUGAAGGUACACACAUCUGUGUCUCAAAUCCCCACUAGGAGCACUUUCACUUUUUAAUUUAAUUAGCUCUUUAUUUAGAUAGGGAAGUCACAUUGAGACCCAGGUCGCGGUCAGCCCUGUUGGUUUUACAAUAGUCACGCACUGAUACAGUAGUAAAACUUCUCGGGAACAAGACAGUAAGAUGUGAUCAAAUUGCAUAUGCGAUGAAACGUGACACCAGAAUAAGAUGUUUUCACACUGAACUCUGUGGAGCACACGUCUUCCAGCAGAGUCUGGUCACGCAAGGCUUUGUUUGACAUUGACCUAUUCUUGGUUACAUUACCUGCUGCAGUGCCCUCCGAGCUUCCCAAUUCCCAUCACCACUGACGUGUUGUCCCUGUAACAACCCAUCCCGCCUACGUUGCUGUGUACCUUUGUCUGACAGUUCUCCCCCUGUGUGUUUUUCUGUGUGUGGCCUCGCAGUGUUCGAGAACAAGGACAAGAUUGUGAUUGUGAUGGAGUAUGCUAGCCGAGGUGACCUUUACGACUACAUCUCUGAAAAGCAGAGGAUCUCAGAACGUGAGGCCAGACACUUCUUCAGACAAAUCGUGUCAGCUGUACACUACUGCCACAGGGUAAAGCAUUGUCAACUGUACACUACUGCCACAGGUUAAGGCAUUACAUCUCUAUUAGUCUGUCUUGACAGAGUAUGAGAUUUGGUUCUGAGAUUAGCCUACAUCUCUGUCCACUUGUUUAGUAUUUACACAUAGUGGUCUCAUAUAAUUACAGCCAUCUUUUUUUGUUUUCUUAAAUCAGCCGAAACAAAUCUCCAUCAGUGCCCACAACUUGCUGUACCUCGUGGGCAGAUUUGUGACGGGCACACAGGGACAGUAAGUAGGCAGGGAACCCCACUAGCCUGCCUGCUCAUCAGCCUCCUCCCUAGAGUGCUGGCAAAGCCACCCUGGCAGUUACAUAAUGGGCAUUAUUCACCGUCGGCCAGCUCUGAAGGGUGAAAUGAACCGUUAGGUUUAUGGAGAGCCAGCGUCAGGGCCAAAGGCCACUGGUCUCAACACAAGCACACAUACACACCCUCUCUCUGUCUCUCUCUCUAAUGAGGAUGCGAGGGAACAGACAGGCUCUGUGAACACACAUACACAUAGACAAACACACAUGCGCACACACACAUCUAAUCGUUACUCCCCCAGGGCCCAUAGUAGUGUUACAAUCCCUGUGUCUAGAGUACAUGGUUUAAUAGUAUACUGUUUUUCUGUACAUUACAGUAAGAACCACUUAGGCCUGUUCUCUGUGAGAGGUAGGAAGAGUUUAGUACCAUAUUAAACCAACCUGAGUUGACAAAGUGAAGGAAAUGGGCCAGUAAAAGGCUCUCUCUCUGCUACCCAGCUGUCUAUUCUGUUUGUCUUUUGUCAGAUAUGUCAAUACUUUUGGUACUUUAUUGCUAUUUGAGCUGUAUAAAAUUGCUCUUAGGCUGGUUGUUUAGUGGUAGAAUAUUGUUGGUCCAAUAAAAUGUGGUUCCUCAUUAAAUAAACUAUUUUGUAUUAUCAAUUUUAUAUACUGUACAUUUAGAACCAAAUGUAUAUCAAAUCAAUAAGUAGUAUGUUCUGAACCCUUUUACAGUUACUAAAAGCAUUAUUCUAUGUUCACUGGCUCUUGUAUGUUUUCUUUACCUCAUUGCAACAUCAAAUAAAAAUGGAAAUUCAGAAUAGUUACAUUUUAAACAAAUUCUUGAGUGAUUCUAACAGGAGUUGCAAGACCAAACUAGUUUGACCUGCAUCAGAGGCAUGCCCCCCCCUGUAGAGUGGAGGACAAUGGAGCAUAGCUGACAUUCCAGAAUAAUCUUCUGUUGGAACAACCUCUGUUCUGACCCAAAUGCUCAGAGGGCUUCACUCUUUUUAUCUUUUUUUUUUUUCUUUUUUUUUACGCAUUGUGGGCAAAUAGCAAAGACUCAUAUCAGCCAUCUUAGGUGUCAACUGUGUCAACAUGAAGACCUUAAUAGUUUAUCUUCUUCCCAUCACACAGAAUGGGAUAGUGCAUCGGGACUUGAAGCUGGAGAACAUUUUACUAGAUGGAAAGGGCAAUAUUAAGGUAUGGACAAAGGGCUACUGUGUCUCAACACCUGUGACAAUCUACAAUCUUUAGCAUUUGCACACCUGAGGCAUUCACACAUAGGUCACUCUCAUACAUGCACAGUUCACACUGCAGUGUUGCUUGGAGAAUUUACACAUUAACAACUCUCACAUACUGGUGGCAAACGAUUCCUGUCAUCCACUCCAAUUCGGUUCUCUCUACUUUCACUUGUUUGUAGUUCCUAGUGUUCAUUGAUUAGUGAUUGUACCUAAUGGCAAACUUCUAUUUGAAUGUUGUUCCAGAUUGCUGACUUUGGGCUGUCCAACCUGUACCGUGGUGAUGAGUACCUGCAGACAUUUUGUGGCAGCCCUCUGUAUGCUUCUCCAGAGAUUGUUAACGGGCGGCCGUACAAAGGGCCCGAGGUGGACACCUGGUCUCUGGGAGUUCUGCUCUACACCCUGGUCCACGGGGCCAUGCCCUUCGAUGGGCAAAACCACAAGAACCUGGUCCAGCAGAUUAGCACUGGAAACUACCGCAAACCCACCAACCCUUCAGGUGAGCCUUUUACAGAGUAUAGCCUCUCCUAACUGGGAUGUAGGUCUGCCUUGUAGUGGUGUGUGUUUUAGUUAUACAGUUGAAGUCGGAAGUUUACAUACACUUAGGUUGGAGUCAUUAAAACUUGUUUUUCAACCACCAUUCUUGUUAACAAACUAUAGUUUUGGCAAGUCGGUUAGGACAUCUACUUUGUGCAUGACACAAGUAAUUUUUCCAACAAUUGUUUACAGACAGAUUAUUUCACUUAUAAUUCACUGUAUCACAAUUCCAGUGGGUCAGAAGUUUACAUACACUAAGUUGACUGUGCCUUUCAAACAGCUUGGAAAAUUCCAGAAAAUGAUGUCAUGGCUUUAGAAGCUUCUGAUAGGCUAAUUGACAUUAAUUGAGUCAAUUGGAGGUGUACCUGUGGAUGUAUUUCAAGGCCUACCUUCAAACUCAGUGCCUCUUUGCUUGACAUCAUGGGAAAAUCAAAAGAAAUCAGCCAAGACCUCAGAAACAUAAUUGUAGACCUCCACAAGUCUGGUUCAUCCUUGGGAGCAAUUUCCAAACGCCUGAAGGUACCACGUUCAUCUGUACAAACUAUAGUACGCAAGUAUAAACACCAUGGGACCACGCAGCCGUCAUACCGCUCAGGAAGGAGACGCGUUCUGUCUCCUAGAGAUGAACGUACUUUGGUGCGAAAAGUGCAAAUCAAUCCCAGAACAACAGAAAAGGACCUUGUGAAGAUGCUGGAGGAAACGGCAUGUGCGAGCAAGGAGGCCUACAAACCUGACUCCAGCUCUGUCAGGAGGAAUGGGACCACAUUCACCCAACUUAUUGUGGAAGGCUACCCGAAACGUUUGACCCAAGUUAAACAAUUUAAAGGCAAUGCUACCAAAUACGAAUUGAGUGUAUGUAAACUUCUGACCCACUGGGAAUGUGAUGAAAUAAAUAAAAGCUGAAAUAAAUCAUUCUCUGUACUAUUAUUCUGACAUUUCACAUUCUUAAAAUAAAGUGGUGAUCCUAACUGACCUAAAACAGGGAAUUUUUACUAGGAUUAAAUGUCAGGAAUUGUGAAAAACUGAGUUUAAAUGUAUUUGGCUAAGGUGUAUGUAAACUUCCGACUUCAACUGUAUCUUAUUGUAGCCCAGCAGAGCUGUAUCAGUUGUAAAUACUGGUGUAUGUUCUUCCUCCGUGUCUCAGAUGCCUGUGGGUUGAUUCGCUGGAUGUUAAUGGUGAAUCCAGAGCGCAGAGCUACCAUAGAGGAGAUCGCUGGACACUGGUGGCUCAACUGGGGUUACCAGAAACCCCUACUGGCCGAGAGUGAGAACGCGACAUUGCUACAACCAAGUGAGAAGACCUCUGCAUCCACACAGCAGUCUGGAGGCUUUGCAAGCAUUGCCAGUUGGCUGCGUCGAAACUCCCGGCCUUUACUGGAGAACAGCUCCAAGGUGCGCUGCCUGCUGCGGUCCCACGGGAGCGGUGGAGUGGACGUGGUGCGUCAGCGGUCCCUACGGAGGUCACGCAAGGAGAACAACGUCUCCCAGACAAUGAAUGAUGGGGCCACCGCUCGGCCCUCCAAGGGCAUACUGAAGAGACGAGGUAGCCUGAAGCAGAAAGCCCUCAGCGAGGCUACAACCCCAGUGAUAGAGGAACCAGUGAGGGACUAUGAACUCUCCACCCCAGCCCAGCCCCCACCUGUUGCAUCGCUGCCCCGCAAAGGCAUCUUGAAGAAACCAGCCGAGCGAGAGUCUGGCUACUACUCUUCCUCCCCAGACAGCAGUGAUUCUGCCCAGACACCCCAGGCCCAGCUCUGCCCCUCAGCCCCGCCCCACCGAAAGGGCAUCCUGAAGCGCCACGGCAAGUUCUCUUCAGGCGGCUUGCAGGAGUUUGGGUCUCUGGACCAGCUGGUGGCCUCCCUGCCAAGAGGGAGCACCAGAGCACGACCCAGCGGGGCAAUCAGCGAGGACAGCAUCCUCUCCUCAGAGUCCUUUGACCAGCUGGAUCUGCCUGACCGCGUGGGGCCAGCGGCACCCAGCGAACGCCCAGCCAAGGGCACCAUGAGAGGCUGCGUGUCCGCUGACAACCUCCUGGACAUCCGAGAGGAGGGGCUUGGGCAAGACCUGCUGAGGCAGAGAGGACCCUGGGACAUGGCCUGUUAUCAGUCUGGGGUGGCUGACAGCGCUUUCUCCAUCACAGACUGUGAGAAUGUGACAGAAGCCUACAAGCAUGCCAUGGUGAUCGGAGGAGUUGCAGCCAGCUGAGGACCAGCAAGUGUCCAAGGACCGUAUAAUACAGCAUUCUCAAAGGACACAGAGACUGAGGCAGUUGUGUUUAAAGUUGGCUGACAACUGAACACAUUUGUGGUAAUGUGUGACUUGAUAGCCAAAGUGGUAUAGGAGAAGUGAGUAGCUACAGUAGCCACUCGUGAUGUGACAUUGUUUUGAUGCAGUCCUACUUGACCAAAAACAGUCUAGCAAAGGGAGAAAGAAUCUAGGCUCAUAUCAGACUCAUUGCUAGUUUAGACAAACAUUGUAAAAUAAAUGCCUUUCAAUUAGCUAACUAAAUCAGAGGUUUGAGAUAUUCCCAUUUUUUUGUUUAUUUGCCAGGGAUAUCCUGUUCAAUACAAUAAUGUUUUCAGUCACUAAAUGUCAGAAUAACAGAGGUUAGUUAGUGUUUUUCAAAAAUAUUGGUAGCUGUUAAUUGUGACAUUUUGUCUGGAUCAAGUUCCAAUUGGCUUUGGGGGUUUUUCAAUGUUGACUUUUGGAUUUUGAUUUCAAAAUGUAGCAUUUUUGUUCAAGGUUUGAGGGAAUUGACAGUUCAAUACCAAAGAUAAAAUGUGAAAACAACAUGUUGAGCACUAUUUUUUCUGUUCAAUCACCAUGUUAAUAAGACAGGUUCAUCUGGGCCUGCAGAGCUGAAUUCUACUACUGACUGUUAUGAUUCAACUUUUAGAACUGGAAUUUAUUUACACCUGGAGAGAUGACUCACAAUAAUAAGUAAAGGUAAUAAUGACUUAAAUGACAUCAUUUAAGUGGCAAUCUGUAGUUGGUACAUCCAUUAUUAGACUUUUAAAUUAAUUAAGAAUAUAACUUAUAGAUGCCUCAUCAGCUUAGUUCAACUGUCGUACCC